CUCCCGACCAAAGCUAUCUCUUUGCUUCUCUGGUUCUGCUUCUUCCUCAUUUUCAUUAGUGUUUCCAUGGCGGCGGUUAUCGGAAACGUGGCGCUGUUACUCGACGUCAACUCUCAUCGUACGGUGAUCACUGAUCGGAGAAUUCGAUUGGCUGUCGUCGACGUCGUUCUGAAUCUACCGAAGAGAGACUCACACAACAGUUACGUUUCUUCUCACUACGCGUCUCUCUCCUCCAACAAGCCUCUCGAAUCGGAAGGAGAGGCUCGAGUUCGCCGGGGUUUGAAGCGCGGAAAAGCGAAAUCAAGGGCUAACGCCGUGGAUUACGACGAAGCGGGAUCCAGCGAGGAGGAAAGCGGCGGCGGUGACGGGAAGGAGAGUGACGACGAAGAAGAGAAAGCGUACGAUGUUGAGAAGGAGAUGAAGAGGAGAGUUAAGGAGUUGCAGGAUAUGAAGGAGCUUGAGAGGAAAGCAGAGGAGUUGCAGUAUAAGAUUGAUGAAGAAGGUGGCGAUGAUGAUUCUGAGGAGAAGAAGAGGAUGAGGGUCAAAAGAGAGCUUGAAAAGGUAGCUCAGGAGCAAGCGGAGAGGAGAGCAACUGCAGAGUUGAUGUUUGAGUUGGGUCAAAAGGCUUAUGGUAAAGGCAUGUAUGGACGAGCAAUAGAGUUUCUUGAAGGAGCUCUUACCAUUAUCCCAAGGCCAACGCUCUUUGGUGGUGAGAUUCAAAUUUGGUUAGCUAUGGCAUAUGAGGCCAAUAAUCGCCACGCUGAUUGCAUUGAUCUUUAUCAGCAACUAGAGAAGAGACACCCGAGUCCUGGUAUUCGUCGUCAAGCCUCUGAGCUUAGGUAUAUCUUGCAAGCUCCUAAGCUCAAGAUCUCUCAGGAGGAAAUGGUUACCAUACCCAUGAUCGGUUCAAGCUAUGACAGCUAUGCAGUGACAUGGAGUGACAAGGAGAGGGACAAGGACAGGAGAAUGAAUGCAUCGACUACGAAUCAGCUCAACUCGAGUGAAGACCUUCUAGGGAAGCUGUUGGUUUGGCGACCACCUGUCGGAAUGGAGAAGAACAAAGUCUUUUGGCUUUCGUUGACACUCUGGUUCGGUUUAGUUGGUGCAGCACUUUUGCUGCAAAGAUAAGUGAAAGAGGAGGAAUAAACUCUUUCUUCCCAGGCGUGGUACUGUUUCAUCUUUCUCUCACUUGUCUUGUAAUUAUAUUUGAAUAUAUGGAUGUAUAAACUUGCAAGUAGAUGUAAUCAUAUCUCAUUGUAGAUAAAAAGUGUUUGAUGCCUGGAACUAUAUCACUUUGUUCUGUAUUACUUUUGUAAUUGUUUAUUUAAUGAAGUAAAGAAGUUUGAAAACUCA